UUGCACGAACUGUCAUCUCUGCAGUGUCGUGAGUCGUGUUAUUGUAAAAAGUGUACUUAGUACUUUUACACGUUUGGUUUGAAAUUGUAGUUUUAUAUAAAGUGACGUAUAAUUCAUACAAUUUAUGUGCUUACAUCGAUACAUCAGUCCUUGUUUAAGUUGGUGAUCAACUGUGACGACUGUGACGCUCGUUAACAAACAAAAGUAUGGCAAAUUUGCGACAAACUCCUUUAACCUGUAGCGGCCACACGCGGCCUGUAGUGCAUCUUCAUUUCUCUGACGUCACGGAUUCUGGAUACUAUCUCAUCUCUGCCUGCAAAGAUGGCAAACCUAUGCUCAGGCAAGGUGAUACGGGUGAUUGGAUAGGUACAUUUGAGGGACACAAAGGGGCUGUGUGGGGAGUAGCACUUAAUCGAGAAGCUACUAAAGCAGCUACUGGCGCUGCUGACUUUAAUGCCAAAGUCUGGGAUGCAAUCAAAGGUGAGGAGGUACAUUCUUUUCAACACAAGCACAUUGUCAAGUCCGUUGACUUCAGCAAAGACUCAGUAUAUUUAUGCACUGCCUCAAACGAAAAGCUUGUUAGAAUUUUUGAUCUCAACAAGCCCGAAGCUGAGCCACAAGUGUUUACUGGCCACACAAAUGGAAUAAGGCAUGUGACGUUCUUUGAAAAUGAUACGCUACUAGCUACAUGUGCAGAUGAUAAGACUCUAAGAGUCUGGGAAAGGAGCAGUGGUCAAGAAAUAAAGAAACUAGAAUUCCCAUCUGUCCCGUGCUCCAUGGAGGUCUCUAAAGAUGGGAAAGUCAUUACGACGACGCACUCGAAUCUUGUCACUUUCUGGGACAGUAAAGAAUUGUCUAAGCUGCGUGAGUUCACUGUUCCUACAUCGGUUUAUAGUGCAAGUUUACAUCCAGAUAAUAGCAUAUUUGUUUGUGGUGGAGAAGAUUUGAAGGUUUACAAAUUUGAUUACACCACUGGUGUAGAAAUUGAAUCUUUCAAAGGACACUUUGGCCCUGUCCACUGUGUACGCUUUUCUCCAGAUGGUGAACUUUAUGCCAGUGGUUCAGAAGACGGAACUUUGAGAUUGUGGCAAACAACAGUAGGUAAAACUUACGGACUUUGGCGGUUCAUUGAUCAACCAGCUGCACAAGUUGCACCAGUCGUUCCAGAAAAUGCAGCCAUUGUAAACAACAAGCAAGAGGUGACUGCAAACUAAAUAUCGUAUAUCGCUGCACGUCAAAUGACAAGAAAAAAUUAGAACAUCUCAUUCUAAAAUUUGUAAGACAAAAUUUUUGUAAAAAAAAAAAAAAAAUACAUAAUCAUGGGAAAACUUACAUGAUCAUCGUGACGCGGUCACAAUAUAUGACAGUUCCAAACUUUUACGUAAGUCACAAAGUUUAUUUACAUGUAUACAUCAAACAUCUGUCAAAUAAAAUUAAUAGUACCUGUACAUACAGAUAUACGAAUGUGAAUUAUACUAAUAGUUCUUUCGCCUGUGUGUAUCAAGUACUCGUAGGUAAAUAAAAUAAAAUCAUAUUUUCAUUUCAUAAACACAUGUUUCAUUUGACUUUAACCGAUUAUUAAUUUGAGAAUUGAUCGUGUCAUGAGAGUGGGGACUGUGACAUGGGCAUAUUGUUGCGUGCAUCGGUUGAAAGGAAAUUAAUAAGAAACAUUAACAUUUAUUAACA